AUGAGGGUUUGGAGGGGUUGGGACUUCGUUGUCACUCUCCUACUCGGGUCCUCGUCAAGAAAGGCAGUGGCCACAAGCACAGCAUUGCUGCCGUCUUACCCUCUCGCGGUCAAGAGCCCCUACCUAUCAACCUGGGUGCCAGGCGAUCAACUGUCGGACAUCGCGACCGCCGGGCCACAGUUCUGGACCGACGAGGAGCUGACAUGGCCUAUACUGGCAAGAGUCGAUGGCACUACAUACGCCCUCUUCGGCUCCCCUUCUGGCUUCACGAGCGACCUUCAAGCAGCCAAGACCGAAAAUGUCAGCUAUAGCUCUUUGCAUACCUAUUUCAAGCUGAGCGCAAAAGGUGUCAACUUUACACUGGACUUCUUCAGUCCGGUCUAUCCCAAGGCAGAGGAUUACGCCUUGCAUUCGCUACCCUAUUCCUACCUCACCGUCAACGCCACUACGACAGGAUCGGACAUUCGGGAAGUGCAGGUCUUCAGCGCCAUAGAUUACACUUGGACCGCGCAGGACGGUGCUGCAGACUUGAACUUCACAACGACUGGAAAUACGAGUUUCUUCUGGUGGCACAACCCAAAGGAGAUACCCUUUACCGAGAGUAGCGAUCAGGCGACCUGGGGAUCUGUUCUGUUCGGGACCGGGUCCACUUCCGACUCGUACGAGAUUUCGCAUGACUGCAACACACCCAACAGCGUCUACUCCAGCUUUUUAAGCACGGGCACACUGAGUGCGUCGAACAGCAGCUGUUCCGGCACGUAUCUCGCGGCGUUGUCGACGGACUUUGGUCGUGUGACGAGUAAUGGGAGCAGCAUCACAUUUGCUGUCGGUUUCGAGCGCCCGCAACUGGUCAACUAUCUGAACCAGACGCAGACUGGCUUUCACCGCACGAAAUGGCCCAACAUUCCCGAGGCAAUUUCAUACUUCCUGAGCUACUAUUCUCAAGCGCUUUCACGCUCACGAACCUUUGAUGCUAUGGUCCGUUCCAACACUGAAUCUGUUUCGAGCGAGUGGGGCAGCCAAUAUGCAGAUAUUUGCGAGGCAAGUGUACGACAGGCUUUCGCUCCAGUCGAGCUUGCAGUAAGUGCAUGCUCCUCAGUCCUGCUGUCCGCCCGCGAAAACUAACCCUCGAAAAGGUACCAGCGGAUGACCUCUCCGCAGCUCCCAGCGCAUUCUUGAAAGAAAUUUCCAGCAACGGCAAUAUGAACACUAUAGACGUAAUCUUCCAGUCUUGGCCGAUCUUUAUCAAUCUAAACCCCGAAUGGUUCAUCUUGCAACUGAAGCCUUUGUUGGAGUACAUGAAAAGCGGCCGAUGGCCUAAAGCUUGGGUCAUCCACGAUAUGGGUCUGCAUUAUCCAAACGCUACGGGACACGAUGAUGGCGAAGCCGAGCAGAUGCCUCUGUUUGAGACCUCGAGCAUGUUUAUCUUAAUGUAUGCUUACCAGAAGCUCUCUGGCAACGACUCUUACACGACCAAGUAUAGCGACCUCCUUCCCGGCUGGGCGCAGUAUCUUGCAGACAAUGGCCUCUAUCCUUCAAAGCAGCUCAUAAGCGUGGAUGCUAUUGCCGCGACACCAAAUCAGACUGCGCUCGCCAUGCAGAGUGCCAUGGGCCUCAAGGCUGCCGCUCUUCUGACCGGCAACGACAGCUAUUCCGAUAUCGCCGAUGACUUUGCAAAGACGAUAUAUGACGAUGGGCUUGGACUGAACGACAACAAAUCACACUUCACGUACAAUUACGGCGACAACGACAACUGGAAUGUAAUCUUCGCAUCCUUCUCCGAUGUCUUCCUCAAUCUCACAACGUUCCCGCAAAACGCUUGGGAUCUGCAGGCCCGAUGGUACCUGUCUGAGAUUCAAGAAGCUGGAUUAGCUUUUGCGGGACCUGUCUCGGACAGGGGUGUCGACUGGGCUCUGACUGAUUGGAGUAAGUCCCGAAUUUCCCCAAAGAAUAAGACCAGUCGCUCCAAUGACUGACCCUUCUGUGCUACUACAGACAUUAUGACAGCAGCCGCUCUCGGAUCCGAAGAUUUGACACGGGAAAUCGUCAAUACCACUCACGCUUUCCUGACCAACGGCAUCAAUGAGAUUCCUUUCGGCACGAAAUACUACGUCUCGGGCAGUGAUGCUGGAGUGUGGAUUGCGAACAAGGCACGCAGUACUGUCGGGACUCACUUUUCAAUCGCAGCUCUCCAGCAGGGAUUGUGGACGUACUAG